AGGCCGGAAGUGCCUUGGGAGAGGCCUGCCUGGGCGGCCAUGACGGUGCCGGUGUUCGUGGGCUGCGCGGGGGUGGCCUUCGGGCCCCCGCUGGCCCUCUUCCUCCUCACCGUGGUCUCCGAGCCCCUCCGCGUCAUCGUCCUCAUCGCCGGGGCCUUCUUCUGGCUGGUCUCGCUGCUCCUCUCCUCGCUGAUCUGGUUCGUGGCCUCAGCGGCCAGCGACCCCUCCAACCACGCCCUCCAGGAGGGGCUCCUGGCCUUCGGGCUCGUCGUCUCCGUCCUCCUCCAAGAGGCCUUCCGCUUCCUCUACUACAAGCUCCUACGGAAGGCCAUCGAGGGGCUCCUGGCCCUGAGCGACGAUGGAUGCUCCCCCAUCUCCAUCCAGCAAAUGGCCUACGUGGCCGGCCUGGGCUUUGGCCUCAUGAGCGGGGCCUUCUCCAUGAUCAACCUGCUGGCCGACUCCCUGGGGCCGGGCACCGUGGGCAUCUAUGGGGACUCGCAGCUCUACUUCCUGAGUUCAGCCUUCAUGACUCUGGUCCUGAUCCUGCUGCACACCUUCUGGGGAAUCAUCUUCUUCCACGGCUGUGAGACCAAGCGCUGGUGGGAAGUGGCGGCCGUGGUGGUCUCCCACCUCAUCGUCUCCUGCCUGACCUUCUUGAACCCGCUCUACCUGGCCAGCCUCCUCCCAGCCUACCUGCUGAUGGCAGGGGCCGCCGUCUGGGCCUACCUCCUGUCCGGAGGCUCCAAGCAGAACCUGCGCCACCUCCUCCUGUGCCUGCGGCGUGAGACCAACCCCCAGCCGGCAUCCUGAGCCCCCCCUCCCCACCUUGUGUCCAGCUCACCUUCAUUCCAACCCGUUGUCGCGUAGCUGCCGUGCCUUCGGGAGCUUUGCUGGACCCUCGGGACAAACGGCGGCAGGACUUUUGGAGUGAGGACAAGGCUUUACACCCCCCACCCCUUCCUUUGACUUAUUGGGGUGGGAGGGGUCACAGGGUGCUGGAAACUCUCUGGCGUUCGUCUCUGGAUGGAGGGGCCUUUCCUGCAGAGCGGAAAGGGAGGAGCCCCACCGGGACGGACCUGUUGGCUCCUCUUUUGGCCCCCAGGAAAGAAAAGGGGCCGCUUGGAGGCUGGAGGGACUUUUGGGGGGAUUAUGUUAGCCAAGGGGACCAGGGGGCCUACCUGUUCCCUCCUUUGGGAGAGGCAGGGGGCCCACAAAAUGCAUUCGCACCAAUAAAGAAAGAUUGUGGACAAGAAA